UAGUUAAACCAAAAAUAAAAAAUGAAAUAAAUUAAAUAUUUAUCAGAUCUUCUGACUUGGCAGUGACGUGGUGUGUUGGCCGUUAGUCAACGCGUUUGACCGUCCAAGUUAACGGUCAAACAUCGGGUUUGGCCAAAUUGUUUAUUUUGGUGUAUAGUUCGAGCCAGGAUGUUAUAGAUCGAAAAGAUUGGCCAGAAUGUUUAUUUUGGUCAAAGUUCAGGCCAUACGAAAAUAUUAACCCUAAUUUAGCCCAUUAAAUAUUUAUCUAAUUUCCGGCCCAUAAGCGAGGCCCACUGUCCCAUCCCUUCCGUCCCAAGGACAGUUCUCCGCAGGAAAUUAUUUCCCGCGUUAUAUUUUACAUCCAUCCUUCAAUUUUCGAGCGCUAAUUCGGUAACAACUCACCUCCAACUUUUCCCCUGAAUUCCGCCGAGCAAAUUUCCGAUGCUUAUCCGGUACACAAGAAGCGCGACAAAAGCUCAGGAUUUGAUCUCAAACGCUUCCUCUCAUUCUUCUCAGCUCCAAUCUCGAGCGAAUUCUGCUCUACGAAAUGAGAAUCAGUCGCCCAGGAGCAGAAUCCCUGCGUUCGUUCUUUCAAAUCCGAUUCUCCGUCUGCUCGAGAAAUGCAAAUCGAUAUCCCAGUUGAAGCAGAUUCAGACGCAGCUGAUUCUCACCGGGUGGAUUGCAGAUGGGCAGGCGUCCAGUCGUUUGAUUGCGUUCUGCGCGAUGUCGCAAUCGAGGGACGUCGAUUACUGCAUCUCGAUUCUGGAUACGAUCGAGGAUCCAAACGCGUUCUCGUGGAAUUUCGCGGCUCGGGGAUGUGUAGAGAGCGGGAAGCCUGGGAAGGCAGUUGUUCUGUACAAAAGAAUGCUGGGUCGCGGGUUCAGGCCUGACAGUUAUACUUACCCGUUGCUGUUGAAUGCUUGCGCUGGGUUGGGAUUGGGUUAUUUGGCUCUUGAGAUUCUCGGGCAUGUAUUGAAGUUCGGGUUUGAUGAGGUUGUUGUCGUGCACAAUGCCACGAUUCACAUGUUUGUCUCUAUUGGGGAGUUGGGGUAUGCACGCCAGGUGUUCGAUGAAGGUCGCGUGAGAGAUUUGGUUUCCUGGAAUUCGCUGAUCAAUGGGUAUGUGAAGAAGGGGAAGGCGAGGGAGGCGAUGAGUGUUUAUGAGGAGAUGGUGGAGGAACAGGUGAAGCCAGAUGAGGUGACGAUGGUUGGGCUCCUUCUAGCUUGUGCACAGUUGGGGGAUCUGAAACUGGGGAGAGAUUUCCAUGGCUAUGUUGAAGAAAACGGGUUGAGAUUAACGGUUCCCCUCACGAAUGCACUUCUGGAUAUGUACGUGAAGUGUGGUGAUCUUGCCGCUGCAAGAGCUCUGUUUGAUAAGUCGAAAGAGAGAACUGUUAUAUCAUGGACUACAAUGAUUGUUGGAUACGCAAAAUGUGGGUUGUUGGAGACAGCGAGAGAGAUUUUUGACGUUAUGCCAGAAAAGAAUGUUGUCUCUUGGAAUGCUAUUAUGGGAAGCUAUGUUCAAGCCAAGCGUGGCAAGGAAGUGUUGAUUCUGUUUCAUGAAAUGCAAGCUAGCGAUAUAGACCCCGAUAAGGUGACCAUGGUUCAUUGCUUAUGUGCUUGUUCACAGCUUGGAGCCCUCGAUACUGGAAUGUGGAUUCAUCGGUAUAUUGAAAAGCACCAGCUCCCUGUAGAUGUUGCUUUAGGGACAGCUUUAGUUGACAUGUAUGCGAAAUGCGGGAACCUCCCAAAGGCUAUUGAUGUGUUUCAUAACAUGCCAGGGAGAAACACCAUGACUUGGACAGCUCUCAUUUGUGGUCUAGCUUUCCAUGGACAUGCACUUGAUGCCAUAUCUUACUUCCUGAAAAUGGUCGAUGCUGGUUUGAUGCCAGAUGAAAUCACCUUCAUUGGUGUACUAUCUGCUUGUUGCCAUGGUGGGUUGGUGGAUGCAGGUCGUGAGUAUUUCGACCAAAUGACGUCCAAAUUCAGUCUCCGUCCUCAGCUUAAACACUACUCUUGCAUGGUGGAUCUUCUCGGUAGGGCUGGUUUACUGAAAGAAGCACUAGAUUUGAUUGAGAGCAUGCCUAUGGAGGCAGAUGCUGCAGUAUGGGGUGCAUUGUUUUUCGCUUGUAGGAUUCAUCGUGGAAAUAUCGUCAUAGCUGAAAGGGCAGCUUCGAAGCUGCUCGAGUUGGAUCCCCACGACAGUGGGAUUUAUGUGCUGCUAGCGACCAUGUAUAGGGAGGCAAAUAUGUUUGAAGAGGGCAGAAAAGUGAUGAAGAUGAUGCAGGAAAGGAGAGUGGAGAAGAUCCCUGGGAGUAGUUGCGUUGAAGUUAGUGGCAUUGUUUAUGAGUUUAUCGUCAGGGAUAGAUCGCACCCACAAACUGAACUGAUCUAUGAGUGCUUAACUCAAUUGAUUAAGCAGCUGGAGUUACUUAAUUUCCAAUCUGCAGAUGCAGCUUUCUGCUGAUGUACAAGGUUGGUAUUCAUUUGCACCAUUCACUAAUCUACUUUUGUUUUCACGAGGUUGAAGUUUUACCUAAUUUCAAAGUCAGGGUAAAAUGGUGAGGACUGAGGAGGGUGAUUGAAGUUUUUGAAUCGUUGCUGGUGUGGGAGUCAUGGCUUUGUCAGCCUAUUUUGUCAUUUAUCUGCACUUAAUAAUCUUCAAACCCAUCUGGCAGGAAGGCGAUAAAGCAAAGAGGCUUCCAAAUUCCAAUUAUUGAGUUGGAGACAAACUUAUUCUUCAGACAGGUAACUAUAUUGAGAUUGUCUUUUAUAUGUUUCACCUGAUUUUGAUUAGCUUUAGUUCUUGAUGGCAAGUACUGAUUUUAGUAUUUGAUAUUAACCCGGUAAGCUUUAAGAAUUGAAACCAAUAAAGUCAUAGGAGUCUCUGCUGACUUAGUUGCCACCAUCAUCAUGGUAAAUUAAGAUGCAUAGGUUGGAUUUGCUGGAUCCAUAUAGUUAAGAGAGUGGUUAGUGCAAUGAUGUGCAUAAAACUCCUACUUAAGGAGCACCAGCGUGGGUGGGAAUGGGAAACAUGCUUAUGACACAGUCACAAACGUUGAAAGGGAAUUAACAUUGGGGAAAAGGGGGGAAUGGAAACAUUAUAGAAAAGGAUCCAAUGUUGGCAUGUAGGAGAGGCAAGAGUUUCUUGGGCCAGAAACAGAGUUUCACCUUUGACAGGUUCUGGGGACCAAAAAAAUAAAAAUAAAAAGUAGCACUGAACUUUGGGGUAGCUAACACAUUAGUCGCUAAACUUAGUUUUGAAUGAACAUGUCGCUGAAAUUCGAAAGACAAAACAUAAUGGUCACUUUUUUCAUCUUCAGUUAGAUUUUUCGUCUAAUUGUUUAUGUUAGUAUAUCAAUUCUAUGUGAUUUGAAUAAAUGUGUUAGGAUUGAAUCGAUUCAGAGAUUUGAUUCGAUCUAGUCCAUGUGACCUCCUCAUCAUUCAUUUAUUUGAGUCAAAUGGGAAACAUAACACAAAAUGGAUGAAGUAAUUAUCAAGUUGGUUUUUUCAAGCAUCAAUAAGCUUGUUAUUAAUUAAAGUAUCAGUGACUGAUAAGUAAGACUCCAGGGUUUAGGAACCAUUUAUGCAAUUGGCUAAACAAAGGGUGAUGGGGAGGAUAUCAUAUGCACUAAUUAUUAUCUGUCCUUGCUUGCACGCAAUGUUUCAUUUUUCUCCUUCCUCUCAUCUUUAUGUUCAUUCACAUUCACAUAUUCAAUUGCUGUGUUCCUCCCUCAUACUCAUGCCUAUUUCUGUUUUUCUUUUGUCAUCACUCAUCUUCCCACAUGCCUGACAGCUUUUGUUGGUCUCUCUCUCUCUAGUGGCCUGGCCGUUUCAUUUGUUUUGGUCAUAUGGUCCCGUGGCCAUUUGUCACUGCUAACCUGAAUUUCACCAACCAGAAAUUUUGAUCUGGGUUUGUGCUCUGAGAUCCAUCUGCCUGCCUUGAAUAUGCACAAAAUUACAAGUUUAGGGAAUGCCAUUUCUUUUGCGUAAUUGGAAGUGUUUCCUGGUUUUAGGUGAGAAAACUAGGACAAGAAGCCUACCAGAAACUAACCAUUUGGAUUUGCUUACCAGAACGGGGGGUAUUUCCUAGUCACAGCUUAUCAUCUUGAAUUCCAUAAUUCACCUAACAACAGCAGCAUCUAAGUUGGUGACCCAAAAUUUGCUGAUUUAGGUCUCAAAAAGUUUUGGGAGACUGUGGAAUGUGAUGAAAUGAUGGGGAUUUUGCAUGAGGGGAGAAAUAGUGGUGGACCUAAUCAGUGACCAGAACUGCCACAUGGCCACCCUCUUUUGCUUCUCUAUCCUACUUUUGGAAUAAUUUGCUUUUGUUACAUCAAGCCAUUUAGGCUUGUUGGUUUCUUCUUCUCGAGCACAUGCUGAUUUCUUUUAGGGCAGGGAUAUAUAUGUAUAUACUAAAUCCAAAAUAAAACAACACAAAAUUUUGAGUCUUGAAGUGUGGGAUUUGCUAUAGUUUCUUGAAUGAUUUGAUUCUUGUACCUCCAAAUAACUCAUUUUGUUUGGAUCUUGAUCAUGAUUAUUUUAGUAUUCAAUUUAUAUAGAAUUAAAUAUGACAAAUCAAUAUUUAAACAAUGAGAUUAGAACUAAUAUAAUUUGAUUUUAAUUCCUUAAGCGUUUCUAAAAUGGUACAAAAUAUUAUGAACCAAAUCAAAAUUAUGUAAACCCAAUGUACUUUCGAUUAAUUAAUCAUAUUUGUUCUAGUUUUGGACCUCUAGUUAAUUCAACUUUCUUAAUCUUCAACAUAUUAAAAUGCAGUUUGGCUUAAAUUUUCUUCAUUCAUCUGCUUUUUUGGAAGGAGCUCAAGGUUGUGAGCUUUGGAUUAAAUGAAAACAAGUAGUGGAAAAUCAUCACAUGAUAUCCAGCUAAUUUUAAGCAUACUUCCAAAGCCUUUUUCCCCUUCAUAAUUCAUAUCAUGUUAUAUCUGUGCGUUUCUUCCAAGUUCCUUGUUUUUUUCUUUCUUAACUCAAAGCAACUACCCCUCUUUCAUUGCAGGAGUGGUUUUGGUGACCUUCCUUUCAACCGUAAGUCACAUGAACCCCACUCAGUUUUAAUUUUCGUCAAGUUGAUAAUGCAAAGUUAACUAUUUAUCUAAUUGUUAUAAGUUAAGGAUCCAAACAAAUAGAAAUGCACCAUAAUUCAAAUACAGUCCAUAAUGCAUCUUAGAAGUAGUGGCUAUGCAUGGACAAUUAGGCACUAAUUAUUGAAUUAGGCACUAAUUAUUGAAUUAUAUCUCAACACCUAUUAAAAGUUUAGCAGUUUGAUUUCUCAAUUCCUCCCAUUUUGAGUGACCCUGCCAUUGAUUAUGGUCUUCAGCUCCCCAACCAUAAAUCCUUUCCUAGGAAUAUAUAUUGGUGAAAGAGAAGCUAUGCAAUGGGGAGGGACCCAGUUAAUUUCUUGCUUGCUUGUGUUAUCUUGUGACAUUGAUACAUGGAGUGCCGUUUUCUUUCUCCAAUUUGGCAGUUCAUUCCUUGGCUUUGGCUUUUAUAUAGGUCACCAACCAUCUAUAUCAAACUCUUUUUGCUUUGGAAUUCCAAUUAACCCUCUCUCCCUUCUGUGUUUUGCUUUGGACAAACUUUAGGCAAAGAACCUUCUUUCUCUUUCCUAUAUUUUCAUCUUUUUCCCCAUGAGUUGUUUUCUUGGAUAUUAAUGAAUGACUGCACUAAUGAAUCUGAGCAAGGGUUGUGGUCAUCAUUCAUUCCAUUGUCAACUCUCUCAUUAAUAAAUAGGUUAUUGUGGGUUUAAUUUGAUAAUCUUUUUUACUUCCCACUAGAAAGAUAGCUGGGAUUCUUGGUAAAUGCGAGUGUCACUUAAGGGUCGUUUGGAAAUUGUGAUUUCAAAUUGUGUAUUGACCUAAUUUAUGUAUUUGUGAGAUUAAAUCGUUUUUUUGACUUAUAUAGAACUAGAAUACAUGCAUUUACUUUUU